GAAUGAUUAUUGGAUUAAUAUUACUUCAUUUAUUUACUUUAAUUUUUUGGAAUUUUGUAUGGAAACGAAGAAAAAUGCCCCCGGGCCCAGCACCUCUCCCUUUCCUUGGAAAUUUAAAUGAAUUUUCUGCCUUGGCCGCUGUCGAUGGAAUUGGAUACAAAGCUAUGGAACAUUAUAAAAAUAUUUACGGGCCUGUAUAUACUUUGUGGAUGGGGGAAGACCCAUAUGUAAUUAUAUCUGAUUAUGAAUUAAUUAGACAAGUCUUCCUACGCCAAGCAGAACCUGCUGGGGGUCGUUAUUUCUUUAAAGUUGCAAAGAUUUUGAGUGCAACUCGAGGGGAAAAUCAUGGUAUGACCAGAACUAACGGAGAUGAAUGGCGUUUUCUUCGACGUAGCUCUUUAAAUAUUCUUAGAGAUUUGGGAAUGGGAAGAAGCAAAUUAGACGAAUUAAUGAAACCAGAAUUUCGUAAAUUAUCAGCAAAAAUUAGAACAGAAAAAUCAAAUGGGGUAAAAGCCCAUGAUUUGUCCAAAUUAAUAAUUGAAUUGAAUGGGUCUGCUAUAGAAUUACUUUUAUUCGGGCAUCCUAUUGAAGAAGAAAAAAUGGAAAAUUUUACAAAAUUGUAUGAUGAUCUAAAAACAUUUAUUACUCUAGUUCCGUGGAAAACAACACAAAUGUGGGCCUCUAUGUGGUGGCUUCGACAUUUUCCUCCAUUUUCUUUUGGAUUUAAAUUAGUUGAUAGAAUAGUAACAGAUUUAUUUAAAAAUGUUGAUGAGGAGAUUUUAUUAAAAUUAAAUGAAAGAGAACAAAAAAUAAAUAAUAAAAAUAAUAAUUAUUAUUGUUUUGUGGAUGCUUUUUUAGAUGAUAUUGAAAAAUUUGAAAAUGAAGAUAAAAAUAUAGAAAUACCUUUAAAACAACAUAAAUAUUUUAAUGAUGAAGCGCUUAGAAAUUUAUGUUUUGAUCUUUAUAUUGCUUCUAAUUCAACAACAGCAAAUACAACAGAAUUUAUGUGUUUAUAUUUAACUUUAAAUCAAAAUAUUCAAAAUAAAUUACAUGAAGAAUUAAAAAAUUAUGCAAAAACUAAUGGAUUAAUAACUAAAGCAAUUGAACAAUUAAAUAAUAAUGAAAGCGGGGAUUUGUGUUUGGACUAUAUUUGCUCGGCUAUUAGUUUGGAACACAGACCUAAAUUAAUUUAUACAAAUGCUGUUGUUAAUGAAACAUUAAGACUCGUUAAUUUAGUCCCUUUCAAUCUGGGGCAUUUAGCCUUGGAAGAUUUAAAUGUUGGAAAGUUUGUGUUGCCCAAAGGUACAUUUAUGAUACCUCAAGUAUCUGAUGUUCUUUUUGAUCCAAAGAUAUACCCAAAUCCUCAAAAUUUUGAACCUGAACGUUAUAUAGAUAAUGAAGGGAAAUUAAAAAAAGCUGACGAGCUAAUAGCUUUUGGUGUGGGGAAAAGGCAAUGUGCUGGAGAAGCUUUAGCAAGAAUGAUGCUUUUCCUUUUUGCUGCAAACUUUUUUCUUGCCUACAAAUUAUUACCAGAAGACCCAUUAAAACCUCCAAGCAUAGAGAAACUUGGAGGUUUGACAGUUUAUGUAAAAGAAAAAUAUAAACUUAGAAUAGAGCCUUAUUUAGAUUUGUUUUAA